AUCAUGGUCUCAGUAGGUAAAUUUCGGGUGUAGUGGAAAUCCCCUUUUAUACAUGACUAGGUUGCCUAGGUUUAUGUGGGUAUUGCAUUAACUGUAUCGAAGUAAGUAUAUGACUGAUAGGUAUAAGGUAAGUCAAAAUUAUUUCCUUUUCGGUAAUGUAGGAUUGAGGAGGUUGGGGGAUGAAGGUGGUUCACCCAGAGACAGAGAUAAUCAUAUGCAUAUCGGCGAUCAGUACAAAAGACGAAUUGUUUCGGUUUCGCUGUGUGAAAUGCUAAAAUAAUGUGCGAGACAAUUCAUUUUCAUUGCCCUUCACAUGUUUGUCAGUCAGAGAUAUAUCUUGAAAUUUUAUUGCAGUUUUAUUAUGCAAGUUAUAAUACAUGAUAAUUACAAUAGUCCCCCAGUGUUUGUCAUUAACGGUAGGGGUAAUCAAUCAUAGCUGUGCUCCAGCUAUGUCUCAAAAUAUUCUGUGAUUUUGCGCGACAUAUUCCUGUAGGUUUUGACCUGUCUCUGGGUAUGAUCUGCCUCUGGGUGACCAAACCUUUAUAUCGAUACAUACUGAAUUUUGCAUGGGGAAAGGGUCUAUUGAAUUUAGCGUUACAAAUUGUUCUUGACAACGACGUCUUCGCUCAACAAAGAUCGAUAAUCGCAUUACCUCAUAGUAUCUGCCUACUUUACACGAUAUGCACUAUAGGAUCGUGGUGAAGUAAACGAUAGCGAGUAUUUGCCAAAGUUGUAAAUUGGUUGCCAUUCACUUUUCCGAAAGGUCCGCGAUCUCUCUGUCUCUUUUGAUUUUUGAAUAUUUUAGGAUUGUAUCAGUUUUGGUCAUGCAUCUUACUUUACUGUUUCCCGUCGUAAUCACUUCGGUGAUUUUACUAACCUCAGUUGAGCUAAAGGUAUGAAUGAAUCGGUUUUAUUUUUUAACCUGACUUUCCACCAUUUUUUUAAUUCGUUUUCUAAAUAGUUGAACAAGGUGAUUUAAAUUGUUUUAUUUUAUUCUUAAGGAAAUUGAUGAACAGAAUGAUGCGCAUUUAAAGCAACUCAUUGACACUUUGCCAAUCUGAAAUCAGAAAUACUGAUUCAUUUACUCAAGUUGAACAAGACUGAUUUUCUCACUACAAUUCGCUCAGUCUCAAGCGAAUCUACCACAAGCACACCAACCAUGCUGACAACAACACCCGUCCAAGACAAAGGACACAGAAGUUGCACAAGUUUAUACAAAUCUGGUGCAAGAAACGACGGUGUUUAUAACAUAGAUCCUGAUGGCUUUGGAUCUUUCCAAGUCAGAUGUGAUAUGAAAACUGAUGGUGGAGGCUGGACAGUGUUCCAAAGAAGAGUCGAUACGAGUGUCGACUUUUAUCGCGGGUGGCAUGAUUACAAAAAUGGUUUUGGUGAUCUUGACGGAAAUUUUUGGCUUGGUUUGGACAAAAUACAUCGUUUGUCAAAGUCAGAGCAAAAUGCUCUAAGGGUGGACUUGAUGGACUUUACUUACGACCUAGCCUAUGCGAAAUAUGGGUUUUUUUCUGUGGCUUCUGAGUCAGACAGUUAUAGAUUGAAUGUUGGAAGUUAUUCAGGAAAUGCUGGUGAUUCAUUGGGGUAUCACAACAGCAUGAGAUUCUCUACCUACGACCAAGACAAUGAUAAUGAACCUGGCAGUUGCGCUACGCAUAACAAAGGUGGUUGGUGGUAUAACGCAUGUCAGUAUGCCCAUCUCAAUGGUCGGUACUUCGAUGCAACUCAGGGACCUCAAAUUCAAGGAAUAAGAUGGCUCUUUUGGAAAAACGACGACAGAUCGAUGAAAAAAACUGAGAUGAAAAGUCGUCCUGCUCUGGUUUAACGUCACUUUUACAACGUGACAACCAUGUACAGUAGUUGACACGUCUUCAGGCGCUUUAUAAUAAAAUACUCACAUAAAGAUUGACAUGAAUUUAAUUUUGAUAUGAGAAAGGUUCUGAAAUCAAACUUGUAUAUUCCACAAAUAAUUUUAAAUAAAA